ACGCGAACCCAAAAUGGGAGGAGUCGGACACUGAAGGUUCCCACCACCUGGCCCGGAGCCCAUUGGCUGCACACCCACUGGGUCCACGCCUCAGAACUUCCGCGCGCGUACCGUCGGCAACGCGGGAGCGCCGGAGCGCGCCGUCUCCCGAUUGGCUGUCAGAACUCUCGGGUUGUCUCGCGCUCUCUGGCUGGACCAAUGGGGAUAUCCGCAGUCGAGAGGACGGCAUCGCUGGAGUGGUGGCUCAGCUGUUUCCUCUGGAUAUACAUCAAAUAUUGAGAAGAAAGAACAUCCAGAGCUAAAUGUUCUGUUUAAACCAGUAGUUGCUGCUCAGAAAAUAAAGAUGCAGACCCAAAGUCAGUUGUUUAUACGUUCUUCAUGCAAGAGCAUUGUAUUAAAGGAGAGAGUAAGCUGUGUUGAUCAGUGACUUUGGUGAAGGCUGAGAAAGCUGAAGAAAAUUUGCAGAUGAUACACAACUUCUAAGCAUUCCACAUUGGAAGAAGAGAUUUCUAUAGAUAAAAAAAUGCCUUUGUUUAGUAAAUCGCACAAAAAUCCAGCAGAAAUCGUGAAAAUUCUGAAAGACAACAUGGCCGUUUUGGAAAAGCAAGACAGAAAGACAGAUAAGGCUUCAGAAGAAGUGUCGAAAUCACUGCAAGCAAUGAAAGAAAUUCUGUGUGGGACAAGUGACAAGGAACCCCCAACAGAAGCUGUGGCUCAGCUAGCACAAGAACUCUACAAUAGUGGGCUGCUGGUGACACUGAUAGCCGACCUGCAGCUGAUAGACUUUGAGGGAAAAAAAGAUGUGACCCAGAUAUUUAACAACAUCCUGAGACGACAGAUAGGCACUCGGAGUCCUACUGUGGAGUACAUUAGUGCUCAUCCUCAUAUCCUAUUUAUGCUCCUCAAAGGAUAUGAAACCCCACAGAUCGCCUUACGUUGUGGGAUUAUGCUGAGAGAAUGUAUUCGACAUGAACCGCUUGCGAAAAUCAUCCUCUUUUCUAAUCAAUUCAGAGAUUUCUUUAAGUAUGUGGAGUUGUCAACAUUUGAUAUUGCUUCAGACGCCUUUGCUACUUUUAAGGAUUUACUGACCAGACAUAAAGUGCUGGUAGCAGACUUCUUAGAACAAAAUUAUGACACUAUUUUUGGAGACUAUGAGAAAUUGCUCCAGUCUGAGAAUUAUGUGACUAAGAGACAGUCUUUAAAGCUGCUAGGUGAACUGAUCCUGGACCGGCACAACUUUGCCAUCAUGACAAAGUACAUCAGCAAGCCAGAGAACCUCAAACUGAUGAUGAACCUCCUCCGGGAUAAAAGUCCCAACAUCCAGUUUGAAGCCUUUCAUGUCUUUAAGGUGUUUGUGGCCAGUCCUCACAAAGCACAGCCUAUUGUGGAGAUUCUACUAAAAAACCAACCCAAACUCAUUGAGUUUCUGAGCAGCUUCCAAAAAGAAAGGACGGACGAUGAGCAGUUCACCGAUGAGAAGAACUACUUGAUUAAACAGAUUCGAGACUUGAAGAAAACGGCGCCUUGAAGUCUCACCCAGUUUCCUGCCACCGUCACUGUCUCAUUUGUUCAGUUUGUACAAAAAGUGUCAUUUCAAAAAGUAGUCAUUCUUGGGAAGGCUUUGGAGGUGGCUAUUUUUUUCUCAAUUCAUUGUUCAGGGUAGAUGGAAUAUAAAUGUCUGAAAGAAAAAAAUUAAUUUAGAAUAAUAUAUUCAUCUUAAUUGAGUCUGUGAUUAUUUAUGUGAAAUCAGAGCCAUUGUUUUAGACAUUCAUAGAAGCAAUUUUAACCCUUUCUUGAUGAAGGGCAACAAGGCUGUGGGCUUGCAGACCUGAGCCCUCAGUCACCACGAGCCACCAAGUAGUAGGAGCCCAAAGAAUGGGCGUCACUGAGUCCUCGAAGAGGAUUAAAUUCUUAGAGAACUGGGCAUGGGGGCAAGACGCACAAAACUGUUUUGCCCAUCUGUACUUGAACAAACAAAUUUCUCAAGGUACAAAGAAAAUAAGAUCCAUGUUUUCAGUCAUUACGUAUUCUGUUCCCUGCCUAUAUCUUUUAACUGUAAUCAUUCAUUCCUAACUUCCUAGGGAAUUGAUGCCCACCUUUCUGCUUACUGCCCCACAUUCCACCCCAAUGGAUCUCCUCAGCAUGACCAACUCAUGGUACACACACAGACACACACACUCCUCCACUCUGACCAGGUUAGCAUGGGACCAACUAAGUCCAAACAGGAUGGACUAACAAGAGUCAUGGGCGUAGAGCACCCACAGGGUAGGACCUGCUUACUUGAGAACUUGGAACAGAUGGGUAAGAACCACAGCUCUAGCGAAAGUCACUGCUGUUUCCCACAGACUUCUGUCGGGUUAGUGAAUGUUUGGAAUAUUUCAUUCAUACUUCUCAUUAUGGGAAAAAAGUUUUGUGGUGAAAGUGUGUUUUAGAGUAGGAAUCAUUGCAUUGAGAUGUCUAGCGUGUGCAAAACCAUGGGUCCAGAGGGUUGCACAGGCCUUUAUAAAUAAGGGAAUGUUGCCGUUGGAAGCGCAAAUGAUUAAAUGCAUGAAAAAAAUCCUCAAAGGACUAAAAAUGUUCUCCACUUUAUUUUC